AAUAAGCUUCUUUUGUCCUUUUCUGCCUUUAGCUUUCCGUCUACUCCCGGAAAAAGCACUGACUUCCUCUGUUUCCUUCAUUCACACAGAGAAAAGAGAGAGAGAGAAGAGAAGAAAAGACGAAAUUCUGACAAAAGAGAUGAUGGAGUGGGAUAAUCAGCAGCAACCCAAUAACCACCACUCUUCUAAUCUUCAAGGGAUCGACGUUAAUGGCGGCUCCGGCGCCGUCGUUGGAGGAGGAGGAGGAAUGUACGUGAAGGUGAUGACCGACGAGCAGCUUGAAACUCUGAGGAAACAGAUUGCUAUUUACGCCACCAUUUGCGAGCGUCUCGUUGAGAUGCACAAAACCCUCACUGCUCAACAAGAUCUUGCAGGAGGGAGAUUGGGAGGUUUGUACGUAGACCCAAUGAUGUCAUCUAUUGGUCACAAGAUGACUGCUAGACAGAGGUGGACUCCUACGCCGGUGCAGCUUCAGAUUCUGGAGCGUAUAUUCGAUCAAGGCACGGGAACACCGAGCAAGCAAAAGAUCAAAGACAUAACCGAAGAGCUGAUCCAGCACGGCCCGAUUGCUGAACAAAAUGUCUACAAUUGGUUCCAGAACCGGCGUGCUCGUUCCAAGAGGAAACAGCAUGGUGGUGGUUCUUCUAGCAACAAUAAUGGUGAGUCUGAGACUGAAACUGAGUCAUUGAAUGAGAAGAGAAAGAGGCCAGAGGGUCUUCCUGUUCUUCCUGAUGGAAACAACAGCAACAAUGCCAUUGGGACAACAACUACUAGUCCUAGACCUGAAGAUCUUUGCUUCCAGAGUCCUGAGAUGAGCUCAGAUCUUCACUUGCUAGGAGUUCUAUCAAACCCAAGGGAUGAGCAUCUUGUGGGAAAGAUGGGAUUGUCUGAAAGCUACAACCUUUAUGAUCAUGUUGAAGAGUAUGGCAUGUCAGGCUGAUAAAUACAAGCUGAGGAACUAAUUAUCCGAUGUUAAAGAAAUGGAUUUCGUAGUCAGUCAUAAGCAGUUUUAGACUCUUUUUUUUUCUGGUUUUUUCAGAGAUUUAUUAAUAAACUGCUAAGCAGUUGAUUUCAUCUUAUAUUAUCAGUUUGAGAGAAACUAUUUUUACAUGGAAAGUUGAAUUAU